GCCCCUGUAACAUACAUUGAUGUGUGGAAAGAUGAGAAUUUCACCAUGGGUGUGUUUGUGCUAAAGCCGGGUUCAAAAAUACCUCUUCAUGAUCAUCCCCAAAUGUAUGGACUCAUAAAAGUAAUAUAUGGAUCAUGCGCUGUUAAAUCAUUUUCAAUAAAAAAGACCAGCAACGGAAGUUCAGUGGAUUUAUCAUUCCAGACACCAAUUCAAGUCUGCAGACACCCAACUGUUAAUGCAACGACGUCGAGUGAUGUCAUCACACUAACUCCAGAUGUCGCUAAUUUUCACGAAAUUUCGACAUUAGAAACUCCGAUAGCUUUUUUUGAUGUUUUGUUUCCACCUUACAAUGACGAAGAAGAAAGAUCUUGUAACUACUACAAGGAGAUAAAAAAUGAUAACUUGACAGAAACUGAACUUGUUAAGAUAGAUGCUCCAGUGGAAUAUUGGACUAAUAGUGAGGUCUAUCGUGGUCCUACCAUU